AUGGCCACCGCAACCACCGCACUCCAUAUGCUGGCCCUCCGCCUCGAACGCGCAGACGCCCUCCACCUCGCCGCCCAGAUCCACGCUCUCAACACCCUUGCACCCCACACAACCUCGUCAACACCACAACCCUCCCCCACCGCUACUACCCCCACCGCCACGCCCCUCGCAGGAGGCUACAUCCUCACCUCCGCACCCCAAUACACGCACAAGCUCAACCGCGCCAGCGGCCUCGCCAUGCUCUCGCCCCUAACUCCCAGCAUCCUAGACUCAGUCGAGUCGCUCUUUGCGCCCACGGGCCUGCCGCCCAAGAUCGACCUGUGCCCGCUCGCGCCCCACGCGGAGGCCGCGCUCACGCUGCUCCGGCAGCGCGGCUACGUGGACCGUGGUGGGAUCGAGAUGUUCUACAUUGACCUACCAGCCAAGAAGGGCCCACUACGGGAGGAAGCAGAGGGGAGGGAAGUGCUGAAGCCAUCGCCAUCGCCGCCGCCGCCGCAGCGGCGGAGCACUGCCCCUGGGGUCGGCGAAGUGGAGGUCCGGUGCGUACGGCCCGAUGAGGUGUCGCGCUUCGUGCAGGCCAGCGUGGCGGGGUUCCGGAGCAAUGGACGGGCGCCGGAGUUGUUGGAGACGCUGGCGCGCAUUGCGGUGGCGCGGCGGGAUACCAUGCUGUACUUUGCGCUCGUGGAUGGGAAAGUGGCCGGGUCGGCGGGCAUGUUGAUUCUACAUGGCAGUCAGGGUGGCGAUGACGGCGUUGCAGGGGAAGGCGGCUUUGGCAGCAGCGAUGGAGGGGCAAUCGCGCAACUAUACAUCGACAGCACAUUGCCUGCGUACCGGGGCUACGGGAUACACGGGGCAUUGAUACGUGAGCGGCUGAAGGAGGCGUGGGAGGCGGGGUGUGUGGGGGUGAUGUUGAGUGCACGGGAGGGGAGUGCGAGUGGGAGGAAUGCAAAGAGGGAGGGGUUUCGGGCUGUGUAUGUCAAGAGGAGUAUGUUUAAAGAGAAGAAGAAUAUAUCUAGCCCGAGAUGCCAUGAGAGUGGUAGUACUACUUACGUUAGUGAGCUGGGCUGGCUCGACGUUGAGCCUGAGAACUAG